AUGAUGUGCAUAACGUACACAAAAACCGAAACGCGUACUGCUCUGAAACUUUUUUUUUUUGAGUAUAUUUUGCUUCUUCGUUCACGAUUCGAGUUUAGUUAGUUUGUUGGCGUGUAUAUCAAAAGUUCAACGCAAAUAAAUUUAAAUAUAUACCUCUCUCUACUUAGCUCUAAGUAGUUAGCUGCGGAGAGAUACGGGGAUUUUGUUUUAUAAACUUAUUUUUUGUCAGCUAAUUUUGUGUAAAUUUUUGUCGAAUUUUAUUAUCAAAUAUUUGAUGUGCGGCAUCCACACGACCCAUGUGCUGAUUGAGUUGUGAGACAAAAACAUCACUAUCUCGGAGUUCUUGGAAAAUCAAUAAUACGAAAAAAAAAUCAUUAUAGUGAAGAGUUGAGUUUUCUACGUCAUUCGAGUCGACACACAGCACUUGUUUUGCUCUUCUUGUACGGCGAUCAUCGUGAUGAUGAUGAUGUUGUUGUGAUGUUACUCUGGCCAUAUUUAUAUCAAGUUGGCUGGUUUUUCACUGCGAACGUCGAUCGUCGGAUGCUGAAACCCAGUUUUGAAAUCUAAAUCACAUUUUUUUCGUCGUCGUCGGAGCGCUCGAGAACAUCGUCAGGAGUGCAAAGCAUAUACAUUUCGUUACAUUCUACGACGGACAACGACAUAAUAAUAUAAUAAACAAAUAUGCUUUAUAAAUAAAAUACAAAACAAGUGUGAUUACUUUAAUUUAGUUCAAUAAAUGGUUGGAGAUAUACUUUACUUCUGUAAAUAUAAAGUGAAGUAAAAAACAUAAAUUGACAUGUGAAAAGACGACUGAGCUCAUAAUAAUAAUAAUAAACGGAGAGAUAAUGAUGUUGUGAAGAAAUUUUUCAAAACACACAUAAUUACAAAAAAAAAACAAUAUCAAAGCAUGAAAAUAUGGAAAAACUUUGACGUGUCGGUCAACUUCGACAACUUGCAAUAAUAAUCGCGAGUGACAGCGAAAAAAAAUUCAAAUUGAUAAUUUGUCGGCAAUUUUUUGCUGCCUCAAGAUAAUGGCCAUAAAUAUAAAAUUUUAAGUGAUUUUAGUGAGAAUACAAAAAAAAAGACAAGAACUCGCGUGAAAAUUGAAUGUUUAUUGUUUUAAUUAUGAGUUUAUUACGCACGAAUGUCGACAACAAAAACAACAUUAACACCAAAAUAGACACUUUAUUAGUUCAAUAUGGAUUUUAUAGAGGAUCCGAUGUUUGCCAAUGACUUAGGUCGUUCUGAUUUCAUUGGCGGCAUAGAUAACGAAGCUCUCGAUUUCGAGCAAUUUGACGCUUUCAUCCACGGAAACUCGUCAACUGGUUCAACAGACACCACCAACGCCGGAAAUGCUCUGACCCAAGCGACACAUUUGCCCGAAAGUCCCCCAGAUUCGGGCUCGGAGCCGCCUUACAGUCCCUCAGACUUGCAUUCGGCGGGCGUCGUGAAUGUUAACGUCAGUCAACCGACGUACGAUGCCGAUAUUUCGCUCGGCGUUCAUCAUUAUGCCACGCAACAGCAACAACAAGCGAGUUCCUUGCACGUUUCGGACCUGACUUUGUCGCAACAACUGCUCUCUGAUCCCGCAUAUACGAGUCCGAGUCCCAUCGAUGCGACGGGAUUAAUUGUCGUGCCCGAAGUGACACUCAAACACGAAGGAGAACUAAUAAUUUCGGAUGACGCACCCAAUGGACAGCAAUAUUUGCAACAACCACAACCGGGAUCAGGCGUGACGUUGAUCGAAUUGGGACAACGACCCUUCAAAAAUGACUUGUUGGUCGAAGGAGGAGCCAGCAACGAUGAUUUGGUGCAUCAAUUGAUGCCGAGUGUUUACGCGACGACAACAAAUGCGAGUCAAAGCACGGAAAAUGUACAAUCAUCACGACAAACGUCGCGCAAAAGGAAGGGCUCGAGCUCGAUUGCGGGACGUCCUCCGUCGGCGAUCAUCAAAACAGAUCCGGAAACGAGCAGGAAAAAUUGCCAGAUCGAACAAACGUCGUUGGAUGCAUCGCUGGACACGAGUUCAAACAAUGGCGGCGACACAAGUGACUCGCCCAUGCAAAGUAUACGAUUUGCUCCGUUCCAGCAGCAUCAGUGGCAUCAUUUGUGCAAUCAGAAUUUGCAAGAACUUCCAAUGCCCCAUUACCGCGUUGAUGCCGACAAAGGAUUCAACUUUUCUAAUUCCGACGACGCGUUCGUGUGUCAGAAGAAAAAUCACUUUCAAAUAACAGUUCAUGCACAACUCCAUGGCUCGGCGGUGUUUGUGCGAACGAAUGCUGGCUUGGAAAAAAUUCGUUCCUUCCAUUUGCAUUUCUACGGCGUGAAAUUGGAGGCACCGAAUCAAACAAUCCGCAUCGAGCAAAGUCAAUCAGAUCGAUCAAAGAAGCCGUUUCAUCCUGUGCCGGUCGAUUUACACGAUGGGCAAGUAAGUAAAGUCACUGUGGGUCGUCUUCACUUCUCCGAAACGACCAACAAUAACAUGCGAAAGAAAGGAAGACCGAAUCCGGAGCAAAGAUACUUCCAACUUGUCGUUGGUUUGCAUGCGCACACGCAUUCCGGGAACUUUCCGAUCGUCAGUCAAGGCAGUGAGAGGAUCAUUGUGAGGGCUUCCAAUCCGGGCCAAUUCGAGAACGAUGUCGAACUGUGCUGGCAACGUGGCGUCACACUUGACUCCAUUUAUCACUCGGGACGCGUUGGCAUCAACACAGAUCGACCCGACGAGAGUUUAGUCAUACACGGGAACCUAAAAAUUAGCGGGCACAUCGUGCAGCCAAGUGAUAGUCGUGCAAAACGAGAAAUUAGUGAGUUGGAUACGUCACAACAGUUGGAGAAUGUACAAAAAAUUAGAGUUGUAAAAUAUUGCUACGAGCCAGAAUUCGCUCUUCAUAGUGGCUUAGUUGACGCGAAUGACACGGCAAUCGAGAUAACUGACACGGGAGUCAUUGCCCAAGAAGUACAAAAAGUCCUUCCAGAUGCUGUGCAGCCAGCUGGAAGCAUAAUUCUUCCGAACGGACAAAUUAUUGACAAUUUUUUGCUCGUCAAUAAGGAUCGGAUUUUCAUGGAAAAUAUCGGAGCUGUUAAGGAAUUGUGCAAAGUAACGGGAUCAUUGGAGACCCGAAUUGAGCAGUUAGAACGCAUCAAUGCUCGUCUCUUGCGAAUUCAGAAGCACAAAAGAAGUAAAAGUUCAAAAGAUUUGAGUGGAUCUGACUCGGAAGACGACACAAAUGACUUUGACGCAGAAAUUUGUUCCAACAAGACGAUUCAGUUCAUAAUUAUUGUCUUAAUUAUCAUUAUGACUGUCUGUCUCACUGCUAUCUCAACUCUCUAUUUGGUGGAACGGCCUCACAAAUUUACAAAUUUGUCGCCCCUUUACGACAUCAAUGACAAACGUAUCGGCUCUAGUUCCGGCAAUAAUCAGCAUGAGUGGAUAAAUCCGCCGGAAAAACCACUUCAUACAACUUUUUCCUUCGAAAGAUUCAAACCGACGACGAAACCGUUCUCGUUGUCCAAAGAUUCAAACACAAAGUCGCCGGAAGAACUCAUCAAAACGACGCGUGUUUGGGGUCCAAUUGCUCCAAGUGAGGCAGAAGAUCCGGAAAUUGCUUCAAAUGCCAUCGAUGGGACGCAGUACGAAGAGAAAAAGAACGAAACAGCAACAAAAUCAAUUUUGGAAGCGGCGAUCAUAAAAAAUCACGAAACAAAGACAAAAAGUAAUAUUUACUUCAGAGGACAUGGGCCAGAAACUCCUCAAGAUGCCGAAGAAAUUGUUGAAGAAAAAAUUUUGGACAACACUCCAAUUCUCGUGCAUGUCCUUGGGGAGCCCCAUUAUUGCAAGGAAUCUAAAGGAUCGUGUCCUUCUCUUUGCUGUGACGAUUCCACAAACCACAAUCUCGAGAAGAAAACUUGUUUCAAAGAAACGGAAGAAAUAAAUUCCAACAUCAAGUACAACGUAACAGCCCAACAGGAUGGAGUUAUCGACCUCGUUACUCAUCUGAUUUCCAAUUCGGAGCCCCUUCUCGGGAACAGCACCUUGCAUGAUCGGGACGACAUCGAGACACCAAUAAAUCCGAAGGAAAAUGACGGUUUGGAGCCACAAGACCUCGGAUGUUACGACAUUCGAUUGACAUUGUUGACUAAUUCCUUUAACGAUACCAUUAGUACCCGCAAAAUUUGUAACGUGGACACGGAACUUGAGAAACAAACGAUCAUCGUUCCGAUUUCGCGGUACAUGAGAGAUGCACAAAUGGAAUUACUUUUCAUUACUCCCAAAAUUAAGCAAUGGUCUCUGUGUGAGCACAAAACAAAAAGCAACGAGUUUUCGGCGACAUCAUCGUCAAAUACACUCGACGCCAGUGGAAAUCAAAUUUAUCCAGCAUUCAGUCCGAAGGAACUCACAAAACCUUCGUUCAGUAUCCAAAUUCCGCAUGGCAAUUUCGAACGUGAAUUGGAGUUUAGAACACUUUUAAAGAGCACUACUAAGAGCGUUUGCCAACUAUCACAAGAAUCCACUGGCCUAUUUCUACAAUACAACAUAAAAAUUUAUCGAGAAUGUAAUUAAAAAAAAAUUAAAAUUUCUAUCAAAUUUAAGCAAGAAAUAAUAGUCAAAUGCGUGUAAAAAUUACGUUAAGUUUAUUUCCUAUAAAAAAAAAAAAAAAAUUAGUUAAAAAAUUCAUCACAAAAAUUUAACGGCUUUGAUCGCUUCUAGUUUAUUUUUAAGCAAUUCUUGUACAAAGUUCUAAUUUUUAAGUUAAAAAUACCUUUUACUCCAAAUGAUUUCUUGAAAAACAAAAAAAAAUAUUUUUUUUCGAGAAAUCACAUAUACCAGACGUCUCCAUGAAAUUCACAAAAAAUAUCGGAGACGCUUUUUUCGCACUUUUUGAUCAAAAAUGAGAUAAAAUUAAAAGAAGGAAUGAAGAAAAAAGUAAAAUUCCGUCCAAAAAUCGACAUUCCGUACUUGUAAAAAAAAAUCGCUUCUAACAUCACAGAAGAAACAAAAAAGCAAUAAAUCAUCACAAAAGUGGUCCUUUUCACCAAACUAGCUGAUAUUAUUUUGAAAAGCAAUACAAAUUUAUGACAAUUUACUCUUCUUCAAUAAAACGUAAAUCGAGGCUUUAACUGUCGUUUGAUGGUAAAAUGCCCGGAAAUUCAUUACAAUUAUUAGGUAAUAGUUACUUUUUAUUAUUAAUUUAAUCUUAUACUAUAUUCAAACAAUUUAUCUUCAAGAUUCAUUAAAAUUAAAUAAAAAAAAAACAAAUUAAGAACAGAA